CCCCGGCCUUGCGACUUUCUGCAAAGCGAGGCGCCGCCCAGUUUCCGGAGACGCAGCGCCCAGCGGAAGUCUCGAAGGCCGGAAGCAUCGCGGGCGGCCAGCCUCUUCGGUCGGAAAAUACUUACCGAACGCGCCCGCGAAAAUGGCGGCCCUUUGCUUCGCCGUCCGCCUGCCACUUCGCCGAUCGCCGCAAAUUGCUUGCCAGCUGUAGGGCCGUCCUGGGAUCACGCGAAGCGCCGGCGCGCCUAUGGGCGUGUGGCGUUGGCAAUUAUGGGGCGCCGGCGCCCUUUCUGCGGCGCCCCCUUCCGUUUUCUAUUUUCCGC